CGAGCCUGUGUUCAGACGGACCACAGCGGACACAGAGCUUCCAUCUGAUCCGUGCCGUUAUAGCGGCUUUGAAAUACGGGCUGCUGUCUGUCCGGCUCUGUCUCGCUCUGUCUGGCUCUGUCCCCCCUCCCAUCUGCACUCCAUCUUGCUUCAUCUCUCCCCCAACCGCCACCAUGAAGCUUGGCCUCUUCCCCCUGGCCGCCGGGCUCCUCGCCCAACUCAGCUCCGUCCAAGCCGUCCCCGCCACGCCGCCCAACCUCGAGGCUCGAUUCACCAAGGUCACCGUCACGUCGCCCGCAGGGUCCGUCAUCGGCCGUUCCCUCGCCGGCAUCGAGACCUUCGCCGGCAUCCCCUUCGCCGAACCGCCCGUCGGCCCCCUCCGCCUCCGCCCGCCCAUCCGUCUCAACAGCACGCUGGACCGCUUCGACGCCACGGGCAUCGCCGCCGCCUGUCCGCAGAUGUUCCUCUCCACCGACGCGAAGAACACCCUCCUCGACGUCCUGGGCGACCUUCUCACCCUGCCCCUCUUCCAGGUCGUCAACGGCAGGGAGGACUGCCUGACGGUCACAGUGCAGAGACCCGCCGGGGUACCCGCCGACGCGAAGCUCCCCGUCCUCGUCUGGAUCUUCGGCGGCGGGUUUCAGCUGGGGUCGUCGUCCAUGUACGACGCCACGGGCCUGCUGAGCAACGCGAAGAACACGGGCCAGCCGUUCGUCUUCGUGGCGAUCAACUACCGCGUGGGCGGGUUCGGGUUCCUCCCCGGCGCGGAAGUGCUGGCGGACGGCGCGGCGAACCUCGGGCUCCGCGACCAGCGCAUGGCGCUGGAAUGGGUCGCCGACAACGUCGCGUCCUUUGGCGGCGACCCGGGGAAGGUGACCAUCUGGGGGGAGAGCGCGGGGGCGAUUUCCGUGCUGGACAUGAUGGUGGCGUACGACGGCGACAACACGUACAAGGGGCGCCCCUUGUUCAGGGGCGCCAUCAUGAACUCGGGCUCCAUCGUGCCGACGCAGGACGUGGACGCGCCGAAAGCGCAGGCCGUGUACGACCUGGUCGCCUCCAAGGCCGGGUGCGCCGGGGCGCCGGAUUCGCUGGCCUGCCUGCGCAACCUCGACUACGAGACGUUCCUGCGCGCCGCCAACUCCGUGCCGGGGAUCGUGUCCUACCACUCGGUCGCGCUGUCCUACCUGCCGCGCCCGGACGGGGACAUCCUGACCAAGAGCCCCGACCUCCUCGUCGCGGAGGGCAGGUACGCGGCGGUGCCGAUGAUCAGCGGCAACCAGGAGGACGAGGGGACGCUCUUCGCGCUGUUCCAGCGCAACGUCGCCACGUCGUCGCAGCUCGUCGGGUACCUCUCGGACCUGUUCUUCCACGGGGCGUCGAGGAAGGACCUGACGGAUCUGGUGGCGACGUAUUCGUGGCGCCCGAGCCGGGGGUCGCCCUUCCGCACGGGGGUUCUGAACGUUCUGUAUCCCGGGUUCAAGCGCAACGCGGCCGUCCUGGGCGACUUGGUCUUCACGCUGACGAGGCGCGUGUUCCUCAAGGCGGCCAAGACGGCGAACCCGUCCGUCAAGGCGUGGUCGUACCUUGCGAGCUAUAACCAGGGGUUGCCGUUCCUGGGCACGUUCCAUGGGUCGGACCUCUUGCAGGUCUUCUAUGGCGUGUUGCCCAACUACGCGAGCCGGGCGAUCCAGACGUAUUACUUUAACUUUGUGCACAACUUGGACCCGAACGUCGGGGUCCGUGGUUUCCCGGCGUGGCCUGAGUGGCGGCCGGAGAGACCCAGGUUGGCUUGGUUCUUUAACGAUCGGUCUGACGUUUUGGAUGACAAUUUCAGGCAGAAGAGCUGUGAUUUUAUAGAAUCGAAUGUCAGGUCAUUGCAUUUCCGGGAUGAGGAGGGGAACACUCAGCCGCGAUGGGGUUUGUGAGGGAGUUGUAAGAUGGACAUGAUGGAUAUAUACAUGAAUGGAUGAAUGGAUGAGUAGAUGAACGAUGAGUAGAUGAACGGAUGAAUGAAUAUAUGUUAUGGCCAUGCUGAAGCUCGGGGAUUGCUCCUGUCGCCGUACUUAUAUUUGGGCCUUUUGUUUUUUGAAAUAAACAGAACAGACACUGUUGGGAGUGGUUCUGA